GCAAACUCCGCCUGAGCACGGACUUUUAUUCCGUAAUCGACGGAAUUGACCGAGACGUUACGACUGUAGUUUGAUGAUCAUAUUCGUAAGUGGGUCCCGAACUGAACAGCUGUGAGCAUGUACUGUCUAAUAUUAUUAAUCCUAACCGUGGGUCAAGCACUAGCCAGGUGUCCGAAUGGCUGGACUGCUCAUGGUGAUUCAUGUUAUCAUGUCAGUAGGGACGAAGCGUCGUGGGUAGAGGCGACGCGGAUGUGUGAACUUCACAGUGCCUAUUUGACAAAAGUACAAACGAGCUAUGAAGAGACAUUUCUUUCGUCCAUAGUCCGUUCGCUUCAUCAUGGGCACACGUUCUGGCUCGGCGGGUCAGAUUGGACAACUGAAGGGGAAUGGGUCUGGGAGCCCGAGGGAACCCCCUUCUUGUAUAAAGACUGGGCAAACAAACAGCCGGACAACCACGCCAAUCAGGACCACUGUCUCGCCCUGGAGGGGUCGGUACACUUCCAGUGGACAGACGAGAACUGUCAGGACACGAACAGAUAUAUCUGUGAAAGAAGUGCUUACAGUGACAUCGUAACAACCAUUGCACCCAUUAUUGAGACCGCAGGUGUUUAGAACAGGAAGGACAGGGUAGGACAAGAAUGUAUGUACGAGCAAAUCAACCGUCACGCAAAUGAAUUAUACUUUGAAAAAAUAAAGUUUUCUUGU